CUCUCACACUUCGACCCAUUCUGCAAGAAACCUAGAGCUUUUUCUGAACUUCGUCCAUCUCUCUCGCUCUCUCUCUGCGUUCAUCUUUUUCGAUCUCGAUAUCGAAGUUGUCGAUUCGCGUCCCCGGUGUUGGAUCGUUGUGUUCAAGCAGCAUCGUUGGUCGAUUCACUUUUGUUUCUUGUUCUCUCUGCGUUUUUCAUCUGCUUCGCACACUAGAAUUGGGAGCGAGCAUUUGUUACUUUAGCAGAUUCAUCACUUCCAUGAUUUGUUUACGGUGCUAUGGGGGACAGUCAGUACUCGUUUUCACUCACCACUUUUAGUCCAUCAGGGAAGCUGGUUCAGAUAGAACAUGCUCUAACAGCUGUGGGAUCUGGCCAAACAUCCCUCGGAAUCAAAGCCGCUAAUGGAGUUGUCAUUGCCACAGAGAAGAAACUGCCUUCUAUUUUGGUUGACGAAGCAUCUGUUCAAAAGAUUCAGCAUUUGACCCCAAACAUAGGAGUUGUCUACAGUGGCAUGGGUCCUGAUUUUCGAGUUCUGGUUCGGAAGAGUAGGAAGCAGGCUGAGCAGUAUCUCCGUUUGUACAAAGAACCCAUCCCUGUUACCCAACUUGUAAGGGAAACUGCUACUGUAAUGCAGGAGUUUACUCAAUCAGGUGGUGUUAGACCUUUCGGGGUUUCUCUUCUGGUGGCCGGCUACGACGACAAGGGUCCACAACUAUAUCAGGUGGAUCCGUCUGGCUCUUAUUUCUCUUGGAAAGCUUCAGCAAUGGGUAAAAACGUUUCCAAUGCAAAGACAUUUCUUGAGAAAAGGUACACAGAAGACAUGGAACUUGAUGAUGCCAUUCACACUGCAAUAUUGACGUUGAAGGAAGGCUUCGAGGGAGAGAUCUCAAGCAAGAACAUCGAGAUUGGAAAAAUCGGAGCAGACAAAGUUUUCAGGGUAUUGACACCAGCAGAAAUCGAUGAUUACUUAGCUGAAGUCGAGUGAAAACUUUCACAUAAGUCUUAUAAGAUAUGUUCCGGUUUACAUGUACCGGUUAAAACCGGUUUGGAUAUUGAAGCGUCUGAACCUCUGUUGUGUACUUUGGUAACUACUGGAUUUGAAUCUGAAUACCAUCUCUCUUUUCUCUGUCA